AUGAUGUCUGAAACAGUACUGACUGAGAUUGCAGAAACAGCUAAAAAUGCUCGUGAAUAUGCAGUCAUGGGGAAUUAUGAAACUUCCUUGGUUUAUUAUAAUAGUUUGCUUUUAAAAGUCCAAAAACUAAUUGAUACAACUGACAGAAAUCGACUCAAUACAUGGAGUAGAGCAAAAAUUUAUUUCACAAAGGAGUACAAUGCAGUAAAAGACAUCCUUAGUAUAUUGACUGGCAUGCAGAAAUCAAAUCCUCAGUCAAACAUUCAUUUUGUUCAUGAAGAACCAACACGGGAUCCUGAGAGUUGGCCUCUUCCAACUCCUGUUGAACAUAAACCAUCUCCAAAUAUUCGAGGAGGAUAUAGAGCCCCUGUAAAAAAGGCUGAACCCAAAAAGCCUGUAUCUAGAGCAGCUCCUAAUGAUCGACGAGCUAAACCAUCAUCUGCUGACCGAAACAAAGACCGAAGUGGACGGGAAAAGGGAAGAAAGCGGGAAGAUGAAGAAAAGAAAUUUGACCCACCAGGUAUUGAUAAAGAACUUGUCGCCAAUCUGGAAAGAGAUAUUGUCCAACGAAAUCCUAAUGUUCACUGGGGAGAUAUUGCUGAUUUAGUUGAAGCUAAAAAGUUAUUAAAAGAAGCAGUUGUUCUUCCUCUUAUCCGGCCAGAUAUUUUCAAAGGCAUAAGGCGACCAUGGAAGGGAGUUCUCAUGGUUGGACCCCCUGGCACUGGCAAAACAAUGCUUGCUCGAGCCCUGGCUACUGAAUGUGGAACGACCUUCUUUAAUGUUUCUUCUUCAAGCCUCACAUCCAAAUGGAGAGGAGAGUCUGAAAGACUUGUCAAGCUUCUUUUUGAAAUGGCUAGAUUCUAUGCUCCAAGCACUAUAUUUAUUGAUGAAAUUGAUUCAAUUUGUUCACGUAGAGGAGGAGAUGAACAUGAAACAAGUAGAAGGGUUAAAUCAGAAUUGCUUGUUGAAAUGGAUGGAGUUGCCAGCUCCACUUAUGAUGAUGAUAAUGAAAGCAAAAUAGUGAUGGUUUUGGCUGCUACUAAUUUUCCAUGGGAUUUGGAUGAAGCUUUGCGACGAAGACUUGAAAAGAGAAUAUAUAUUCCGUUACCUGAUGCUUCUGGGAGAGAAGAAUUACUGCGAAUUAAUCUCCGGGAAGUAGAAAUAGAAAAGGAUGUUGAUCUAAAAGUUAUAGCAGAACGACUUGAUGGCUAUUCAGGAGCAGAUAUUACUAAUUUAUGCAGAGAUGCAGCUAUGAUGUCUUUUCGUCGACGUAUUGCUGGAUUGACCUCAGAACAAAUCAGAAAUAUUCCAAAAGAAGAGCUUGAACUUCCAACUAGCAUGGCUGAUUUUGAGGAAUCUAUAAAAAAAGUCAUUCUCUCUCUUACUCAUUGUCCUUUCUUUUCUCUCUCACGUUUCCUCUUUUCUUUCUUUUUUUUCUUUAUACAAAUUCAAUUUCAAACACGGUCCGGCUGCAACAGAGAUAUAUACUUUCUUCUUGCUUGUUUUCUCUUUUCUUUAUUAAAACAUGGGCUUAGCGUCCUGACUUGUUUUCUUCUUCUCUACUUCUCCCAACUAGAGAAUAUAGCUUCUUUACUUCCACAUCGGCUUCCUGUUCUUUUUUUAAUUCUUCACGGGGUACGUUCAGCUUGGGACGUAUCUCUAUUCGUUAUAGUGCCUUCACCUGAUGCGCUGAUGUUUUUCGAGGCUCAAUAUCUAUCUGUUUUCUGCCUACAUCAUUUCCUAACAACAACGAAAUUCCCUUCAUCGGAAGCGAAUCUAGCAGCCCGACUUCUACUUCGCCGGCUUUCCAUUUAG